GCAUGACAGAGAGACGGAGAGAAAAAAAGCACAACAGAGAGCGGAGAGGAGAGGAAGAGCAGCAGCGUCUGUGUCUCCACCGUUUGCUCCAGCCUCUCUCGCUGCAUGCUUUCUGCUCUUUAAUUUUACAUUCUGAAAGGAUUCAACGGCGUGCUGUAAGAGACUGAUUGAUGGAGAACUAAGCUGAGGCUCAGCAGUACCUGUGGGCAGCAUGGUACCCUGGGUGACAGAGAUUACAAAGCUCCACAGAGAAGGACCGUUCUUCACCACAUCUCAGCAACACAGACAAACUGUCUCUUUCUGAAGAGGAGCUGAAUGGGAGCAGAGGACCGUCACUGGGGAAGUGAUGGCUGAGGGACAUGACACACUUCUCUGCUUCCACCAUUGCCGCCGUUUAUAAAGUAUUGCAAAAGAAAAAAAACACAUGCGCGUCCAGAUGUGAAGAGCUCUGGAGAUUGACGCGACCUGCAUCAAGGUCUCCAGCCUGUGGUUUCAUGUUUGGACUAAAGGGAUCUGACAUGAAUCAAAUUCACCAGAGCGAGCCCACACACACAUACGUUUGCCUUCUCUCUCUGUUGCGGUUUCUCUUGCAAUUUUUUUCCUCUCUUGUGUUUUCUGGAAUUUCGCACCUGCAACCUGAAGAAAUAAAAGUCACAGAUAAGUGUGAAAGUGUGAAAAACAUACCUGGAUAACAGUGAUUGGUGGAGAGGGGAGGAUUGUACUGGAACUGGCAUUAUUUUUCACCCGGAGAUGACAACGGUUCAAACACAAAAGGACAAUGACAAGACUGAGCUUUGUAUGAAAGACACCAUUGAUCUUAGUGCACUGUGCAGCACUGAUGCUGCAAAGCACAUGCCUUCGAAGGAGGGGUGGGUGCGUGCUGCUUCUGGGCUUGCAAAGUGACUUUACCCUUUGCACUUUGAAUAUCUAGCGUCCCUAAACGUGAAGACACAUCAGGAAUUGACAGAUUAUGUUAAGCUGAUAAAGAGAGAUCAUUAUAGAGCCUGAGGACAUGAUGGAAAGUGACCUCAAAGUCCCAACAUAGGGGGAUGAGGUGACAUGCUCCGGUAGGAUCCCUGCGGUGACUGACAGAUGAGCCGAAGAGGACACUGAUGGAAAGGAGCGGUCACUUCUUACUGACAGGAUAAUGCACACAGCUGCAGUGCUGAUCUCUGUCGCUACAAUGAGCAACAUGACUGUGCACGACACGCCUGACCUGUACGACCUCGAUCUGACUUCCUCCGAGGCCGUUUAUCCUAUCAGCUUCCAGGUUUCCUUGACAAGCUUUCUGGUUUUGGAGAUCGUGUUGGGCCUCAGCUCCAAUCUGACGGUGCUGGUCCUCUACUGCAUGAAACAGAACCUCAUCAGCUCCGUUUCCAAUAUCAUCACCAUGAACCUGCAUGUGGUGGAUGUGUUGGUCUGUGUUGGCUGCAUCCCGCUCACAGCUGUGGUGAUCCUACUUCCUUUGGAGGCGGACAUGCCCCUGAUCAGCUGCUUCCAUGAGGCGUGCGUCUCCUUUGCGAGCGUGGCGACUGCGGCCAACGUCCUGGCCAUCACCGUGGACCGCUACGAUAUCUCGGUGCGACCGGCGAACCGCGUGCUGACGAUGGGUCGAGCUGUGGCCCUGCUGGGAUCCAUCUGGGCUCUAUCCUUUUUCAGCUUUUUGGUCCCGUUCAUGGAGGUGGGCUUCUUCAUCAGACCCGGCUCGGUAAACCAGACUGCGAUAGCGACGGUCUCUCACAUGAACGGCUAUUACUCAGAGCUGGGUCUGUACUACCACCUGCUCGCACAGAUCCCCAUAUUCUUUUUCACAGCAGUGGUGAUGCUGGUAACUUACUACAAGAUCCUUCAGGCUCUGAACAUUCGCAUCGGGACACGCUUUCAACACAACUUGCCUAAGAAAAAGCAAAAGAGCAAAAACGCCAUCUCUUUGAGCACCGCCACGCAAGCAGAGUCAACGGAGGCUUCGCAGAGCAGCACCGCAGGAAAGGUCGGCGGAAACGCGCCUAUAGGCAUGCGGGCGUCGGUCUCCGUCAUAAUCGCACUACGGCGAGCAGUGAAGCGCCACCGGGAGAGAAGGGAGCGGCAGAAACGAGUUUUUCGGAUGUCCCUCCUGAUCAUCUCCACGUUCCUUCUCUGCUGGACUCCGAUAACGGUUCUCAACACGAUCAUCCUCAGCACCGGUCCCAGUGACUUGACUGUGCGCCUUCGGCUUGGUUUCCUGGUGAUGGCGUACGGGACCACCAUCUUUCAUCCGCUCCUGUACGCCUUCACCCGGCAAAAGUUCCAGAAGGUCCUCAAGAGCAAGAUGAAGAAGAGGGUGGUGUCCGUCGUGGAGGCGGAGCCGACGCCGAACAACGUGGUGAUCCAUAACUCCUGGAUCGACCCCAGGCGGAACAAGAAGGUCACCUUCGAGGACACGGAGGCCCGGCAGAAAUGCCUGUGCUCGCAGGAAGCAGAGUGACAGGACGAAGUCGUGUAAAUAUGCCAACAGUCCAGUCUGCACACGGAGCAGCGGACGAACGAACUGCCAACUAAAACGUAAAGACUGGAGUUUUGAACAAAUGGAGGGUUGAAAGGCAGAAAACGGGUGGAUAUGCGUGCUAUUUCAUUGCUACUUACUGGAUGAUCGCUAAGAGGUGGCCUCGUUAAGAAUAAAAGGGAUUGGUGUGACACUAAAGCGAUUUUAUCUUUACAACCAUGAAGGCGAAGGUGAAUUACAACUUGUUGAAGGUCUUUCCUCAGAGGAAGAGAAACGGGUACCAGUAACUUAUUGCUAUUUAUUGUAGACCGCUGUGGACGGGAAUGAAGAACGUUAUAGUUGCAACGCUGUAUUUAAGCAGUAGCUCAUGUUGUUCAGUGCUUAAUGUAAUACAGUAUGAAAAAAAGAGUCCGAUAACACUUGGUUUGUCACCAUUUGUAAUAAAUCCCCCAAGGGCGCAGCGUUUGUCAGGAUUGCUGUGUCGGCUGUUUCCCCCUGACUGACUGAAAAAAAGGGACACAGAGCAUCAGAAGAACACGCAUUAAACCGUUCUGCGCAACAUACACUUUGUUCUCAAAUUUUCAUUCCCGUUUGCAAAAGAUUUACUUCUUAUUUAAACAACGGGAGGCUGAUGCUAAGUACCAGGGGAACCCACAAUGUGCAUGCACUGUGAAACUAACACGACACAUAGUAAAUGACAGACUCAAUACUUCUGUCAGCUACCAGUGACUCCCCUACCAACUGUGGCAGAUGUACAGCUGUUUCUUCAAGGUCCUCUGAGGCAUAGGCCGGUUAUAAGUAACAAGGUUUAGGGACUUUUUUUUGUUUUCAAAACUGUU